CAGCACUUGUCGCCGGACAGAGAACGUAAAUUACGUGCUUGUGUUUUUUGUGUUGCGGAUUUGGCUCGGAACGGAGAAAAUUAGCCAACAAGAUGGAUCCCGAAGCAUUCUUGGAUAUGGCCAAUCAGGUCAUAAAGCUGAAAAUGUUUCCAUACUUCGACAUCGCACACAGCCUGCUUGCUGCACUGGCUGUAAGAGAAGAUUUAGGUUCGAAUGCACAAUCGUUCUCACGGAAACAUCCACUCGCUUGCUGGCUUUCCACUAUGUUAGUCAUAUUCUCCGGAGGUAUGGUAGCUAAUGCUUUGCUCGGCGAACCUAUUCUGGCUCCUCUCAAAAACACACCGCAAUUAAUGGUUGGCACUGUUGUCUGGUACAUGAUUUUUUACACGCCCUUUGAUAUCGGCUAUAAAGUUGGCAAAUUUCUUCCCAUUAAAGUAGUGGCUAGUGCAAUGAAAGAAAUCUAUCGCGCUAAGAAAGUUUAUGAUGGAGUCUCACAUGCAGCAAAAUUGUAUCCAAACGCUUGGAUCAUAAUGAUCAUUAUUGGUACCCUAAAGGGCAAUGGUGCUGGAUUCACUAAACUUCUAGAGAGACUGAUUCGCGGUGCUUGGACACCUACAGCUAUGGAAUUCAUGCAACCUUCAUUCUAUACAAAGGCUUCAUUGCUGGCUUCGAUCAUAUUCGUUCUGGACAAAAAGACCGAUUGGAUAUCGGCACCACAUGCACUUGUGUAUUUUGGCAUUGUCAUCUUCCUUGUGUACUUUAAACUCUCUUCCAUACUUUUGGGAAUACACGAUCCUUUCCUGCCGUUUGAGAACUUGUCCUGCGCUAUUUUCUUCGGCGGAAUCUGGGAUAGCUUAGCAAAGAUAUUGGGGCGUGGUCAGGCAAAAGAAGGUGAAAAUAAGGAAAGCAAAAAGAACAACUAAGAGACUUUAUCAGUGGCUUUGUUGAAAGACGUUAAAGAUGCUGAAGCUACUCAGAUUGGAAAACUACAAAAGCAACCAAAUACAACACAGCGACCUUUUUUCGAAAAGAUGAAAUCAACACCAGUGUUUGAAUUCCUUUUAUUAUUUCAGUUUUUAGUUUAAAAAAUAAUUUAAAAUUUCCAUUAGGGAAGUGCCCUCCUAAGCAUUGUGUUCUAGUCAGAUUUAGGCCAUACCUAUACAAAUGUUUUUGCACUGAAAUGUAAAAAUGUGAACAUCAAAGUCACGCUUGUAAAUAAGCAGCAAGUGGGUGUGUUUGUUUAUUUAUGAAUGUGACUUUUGUGGACAAGCGUAUAUAAGGAUUUUAAUUCAGAGUUUAUUUAUUUUAAUAAUUUAGUUGUUGAUUGUAUUUAGUACAUUCUUAUGCCUGCGCACAUUAAAAUUGUGUCAGUAAUUGGUAGAUAUAAUAUAUGUAUAUGCAUGAACUUGUUAUACGAAAUUAGCAUAUUAGUUGUAUGCUUAGAUCAACUGUCUUGCCAUAUAAAUAUGUAUGUACGGAAGCAAGAAGAAGGGAUUUAAAAACCAAAAGGCAUAUGAAAACCUAAAUAUGAGUAUUCAAAAAUAUCGUCAUGUACAUACAAUCGAAAAAGUUAAACCAAAAAUACGCACAUCUCGAUGCUGCAUACAUUACAUACAUACAUUUAAAUUAAUUUUAUAUAAAAAAUAAAAUAAAAAAUACCUUUGAGAUACCAAAAACG